AUGGCUCUUCUUAGGGCAUACGCAUCAACGUCAUCAUUGAAAUCUGAUCGUUCUCGUGCUAUCGCUUGUGUUAGUGGCGGAGUUGCUACGGGAACACUCAUCGGACCAGCGUUUCAAUUGCUUUUCACGCCUCUUGGAUCUGAUGGAAUUUCCAUCUUACCAUUCUACCAGCUAAAUAUAUACAAUGCUCCGGCACUGUUUGCAUUGCUGUUGAAUAUGCUGGGAUUUAUGCUGAUUAUGUACGCUUUCGAAGAAAGUUAUGAUGUUCUUCACUCGGAAGCUGCUAAAGAAACGGCCGGUCUGCCUUCUCCUUGCAUGAUUGCAGUGUUAGUCUGUGUGAUUACUAGAUUCGUCCAAGUAUUUUCGGCGACAACAAUUGAAACUUUGGGCUCUCCAUUUUCUAUGCUAAUGUUUUCGUUCAACAAAGAAGAAGCCGUUGCAGCGAACUCAGCCGCACAUCUUGCAGCCGGUGUCGUCGGAGUAAUACUAUAUGUUGUAUUCAUUUUCUUCGACUUAUCGAAAUGGGUACCACCACGUAUUUCGACAAUUUGCUCUAUAAGCAUUUAUGGUGGUCUCUUCUUAUUCACUCUUCCAUGGCCAUUUCUACCAGGUCACGUAGAACCAGCUGCUAACGGAUCUGACUUUGGUUGCUAUACUGAACGAUUCAGUUGGUGUGAUGGCCUUACUGGCGUAUCUAAAUGGGUAUACUAUCCAUUUUAUGUCUCUGUUUUUGGAGUUGCAGCUUCGGUAUUGAACAUCGCCGUAACUNUAUAG